GCGGGCGCGGGCGCCGCGCAGAUGGCCGGGGCGAGCGAGGUCUGAGGCUCCGCUCCCCGAAACGUGAUCAUGUGGAUUCAACAGCUUUUAGGACUCAGCUCCAUGUCCGUCCGCUGGCCGGGCCGCUCCCUCGGAAGCCACGCUUGGAUACUGAUAGCCAUGCUGCAGCUCGCCGUGGAUUUUCCAUCCUGCGAGUCGCUGGGCCCGGGCCCCGAGCUCCGGCUCCUGCCUCGUCCGGCCCAGCGGCCGCAGCGCCUGUGGAGUCUGCGGAGCGGACAGCCUCCCCGGCCGCCCACGCCCAUGUGGAGCCCGCGGGCCCCCCGCGCAGAGCGGGCGCACGGCCCGAUGCAGGCGUCCCGAGCCCGGCGAGCCCACAGGCCCAGGGACCAGGUGGCCGCCCUCGUGCCCAGGGGCAGCCUCACCAAGCCCCCGGCUGCUGCUACCAAAUCCAGCUCCGCCCUGGCCUCCGCGCCCACUUCCUCGUCCUCGGCCGUGGUGGCGGCCGGCGGGGCAGCGGAGCAGCAGAGCCGGCUGAAGCGGGGCCGGAGGCACGCGCAGGACGCCGCGCUCGACAGCUUCGACUUCCGGGGCGGACGCCCCACCACAGAGACAGAGUUCAUCGCCUGGGGACCCACGGGGGACGAGGACGCCCCCGAGGCCAACACUGUCCCAGGCCUCUACGGCCCCACCACAGUCUCCGUUCUGCAAACGCGGAAGACAACGGUGGCCACCACCACCACGACCACCGCGGCCACCUCCGUGACACUGCAGACCCGGGGCCUGACCGAGUCCCUGGAGCCCUGGAGAAAGAUCGCCGCAGGGGCCAGCACAACGGAGCCUUCCCCGAGUCCCGGCAGCGGCGACGGGAAAAACACCAACCCCCCGCGGAUUCCGGGCGAGACCUCAGGUCUGGCUGUGCAUCAGAUCAUCACCAUCACCGUGUCCCUCAUCAUGGUCAUCGCCGCUCUCAUCACAACUCUUGUCUUAAAAAAUUGCUGUGCCCAAAGCGGGAACCCCCGGAGGAGCAGCCACCAGCGGAAGGUCAACCAGCAGGAGGACAGCUGCCAGAACCUCACCGACUUCACCCCGGCCCGGGUGCCCAGCAGCCUGGACAUCUUCACGGCCUACAACGAGACACUGCAGUGCUCACACGAGUGUGUGAGGGCGUCGGUGCCCGUGUACACGGACGAGACGCUGCACCCAGCCGGCGACUACAAGUCCACGUUCAACGGGAACCGCUCCUCCUCUGCCGACCGGCAUCUCAUCCCUGUGGCCUUCGUGUCUGAGAAGUGGUUUGAAAUCUCCUGCUGACUGGCCGAAGGCUUUUACCUCCUGGGGCAGGGCAGACGCCAGGCGUCUGUCUCAUGGAUUCCGUUGGUGAACCUGUAAAAACAAAACAAAAACACAAAACCCAAAACUAAACUGUCUAAAGGGGAGGGUCCCCGCACCUGCCACUUCUGUCUGCCAGUGGGAAACACAUAGCAGCCGCUCUAGGCCAAAUAUAUUUUUGUAAAGAUGCUCCCGCCUAGGGGUGACUGCCUUCCCCGGAGCUUUCUUUGGAGAACAGAACAAAGACACUCGAGAAGGGGACUGGAGACCGAGAGACCAGGUGGCCACGGGAAUGGGACGGAGGCGGCAUCAACGCCUGGGAUCUGGACCACGAUCCCGAACCUGUGCCAACAAUGCCAUUAUGUGCCAUGAACUGCCCCUAGAGGCCCGGCCCCGAGCCGCAGCCGAGCGCGGCGGGCGCGGGAACCUUACGGAAAACAGGGCUGGGGUCUCUUCCGAUAGAGUCACUAUUUCUGGUUAUUAUAUAUAAAUAUAUAAAUAUAUAAAUACCAACAGACACACACACACACUUUUUUUGUACUGUAGCAAUUUUUGAAGAUCUUCCAUGUUCCUUUUUAAAAAAAAAGUUGUGUUAUAGGUUACAAAAUCUGAUUUAUUUAACUUGCUUAGUAUGAACAGAAUUAAACUGAUGUUUUCUACUCCGGCAACUCACCACGUACAUGCGCACACACACACACGCACACACACACACACACACACGCACACACACACAGAGCCAUACACGCAAACACUCACGCAUAUAUAUGCAUAUAUUGGAAAUACAGAUCCACAGGUGAGCAUAUUCUCUAUUCUUCCUGGUGACCUGAGACUUCAUCACUGUUCACCCCGGGGACAGCCUCGACCCUUCAGUGACACCCUGCAUUUGUUGGUAUUUGCUGAGUGACAACAAAUGUGUGAUGUGUUAUCUUGGGCCAGCACGAAGAACGCCGUGGUUUCCUAUAUAUAUGUAUACACACACUUGCAUAAAUGUUACCUUUCUCCAUUUAACUCUUUGAAGAUGCUACCUAGCAGCCGUGCGCCGCCGUAGCUGGCUGCUGCCGAGCGGGCCCCGCUGAGCACCAGGCGGGGGUGGCGGUGGAUUCGCAGAGGUUUGUGUUAUACAAGCAUAGACUGAAUUAAAGAGAUU